AAAAGGGUGAUGCGGCAGGGAAGACCCCCCCCCCUUCAAACCGGUGCAGGCUUGAACAAUGCGUGGCGUCUUUCACUGAAAAUACUGAGAGCCUGCAUUAGCAUUUUCUCAGACAAUUGAGGCUCUGGCCAGCUGCAGGCAUGGCUUGGAUGUUGCGGUGAAAUCUUUUUUUUGCACCCACUGAUGUAUUAGACCUCUGUGAAAAAGGUUGACUGGCCGCAUUCCUCAACGCCACCAUUGCACCUAUGACUAGCCUAACGUUAAGGUACCCUUACGAGAUUGUACCCCGGCAUUGAUGGCGAUCUGACAGAGGAUUUUACCAGCAGAUCUCAGAAUGGAGGAGGGUGAGUACUUCCUGAAGGUGCUGAUCCCCAGCUAUGCGGCCGGCUCUAUAAUUGGCAAGGGCGGCCAGACCAUCGUACAGCUGCAGAAAGAGACGGGCGCCACCAUCAAGCUGUCCAAAUCCAAAGACUUCUACCCAGGAACCACAGAGCGUGUGUGUCUGAUUCAGGGUACGGUCGAGGCGCUGAAUGGCGUCCACAGCUUCAUCGCGGAGAAAGUCCGCGAGAUGCCUCAGAGCGCCCAGAAAACAGAGCCAGUCAGCAUACUGCAACCACAGACCACUGUCAACCCCGACCGCGUCAAACAGGCUAAAUUGAUUGUGCCCAACAGCACGGCUGGGCUGAUCAUCGGUAAGGGCGGGGCCACAGUCAAGGCGGUGAUGGAGCAGUCGGGUGCCUGGGUGCAGCUGUCCCAGAAGCCUGAAGGCAUCAACCUGCAGGAGCGCGUGGUCACCAUCAGCGGGGAGCCCGAGCAGAACUGCAAAGCCGUGGAGAUCAUUGUGCAGAAGAUCCAGGAGGACCCUCAGAGCAGCAGCUGCCUCAACAUCAGCUAUUCCAACAUCUCAGGCCCAGUGGCCAACUCCAACCCCACCGGUUCCCCCUACGCCAACUCGGCCGAGGUCCUCCCCAAUGCCGCCGCGGCUGCCGCCACUGCCUCCAGCCUUCUGGGCCAGGCCAGCCUGGCAGGAAUGGGCGGCUUCCCGGGCACCAUGUCCAGCUUCUCUGGCAACGACCUGCUGGCCAUCACCUCGGCCCUCAACACGCUGGCUAGCUAUGGCUACAACACCAACACCCUGGGUCUGGGCCUCAACCCCGCUGCCGCCUCCGGGGUCCUGGCCGCCGUGGCUGCUAGCGCUAACCCAGCCGCUGCUGCCGCCGCUAACCUCCUGGCCUCCUAUGCCAGCGAUGCCUCUGGCGGCUCAGGCCAUCCCGCUGUCGGCCUGGGCGGCUUCUCCCUGGGCUCGCUGGCUGCCGCCACAGGGGCCUCUAACGGCUACCUGAAUGCCUCCUCCCCACUGAUGGCCUCUUCCCUGCUGGCCACAGAGAAGCUGGGAGACGGGGCCAAAGACGUGGUGGAGAUUGCCGUGCCCGAGAAUCUGGUGGGCGCCAUCCUGGGGAAAGGCGGCAAAACGCUGGUGGAGUACCAGGAGCUGACGGGCGCCCGCAUCCAGAUCUCCAAAAAGGGAGAGUUUAUCCCCGGCACACGAAACCGUAAAGUUACCAUAACAGGGUCGCCCGCGGCAACGCAAGCCGCCCAGUAUCUGAUCAGCCAGCGGAUCACGUACGAGCAGGGUGUGCGUGCCACCAACCCACAGAAGGUGGGCUAAACGGAAAAGAUUUAUAGAAUAAAGGAAGGAUGUGGACAGAGAAAAUAAAAGGGAAUCGAGGGUCACGGCGAGGGAAAAAAAUCGUCCAAAUAUCCAUUCAAUAUUUCAGUAUUAAAAAGAGAAGAUCACAAAGGAGGAGGAGGCGUAGAGAAAACCAAGAUAAGUUUGUGUGAUUUGUGAUUGUGUUUUUAGGACCGAGGUCCUGAUGUUUAAAAAAAAGUUGUGAUGAGUCCUUUUGAUGAUGGUGAUCAAAGUAAAGCUUAACUGGUCCACUGCCAAGCUGCAGAUCCAGGGGUGAGCGCACGAGUUCACCCCCAUUCAAAAACCUCAUAGCUGGGUUUGUUUUGGGUUUCGUUCUCUUCCGUUUCUCUCUUCUAUCGUUGUGUGGGUUUUUCAGCUUCAGUUGCAGACCUCCGCUCCAGGUGAGUUGAGUCAGUUGAGGUUCCAGACAAGCUAAAAGAGCAGAGAUGGCUGUUUGCUCAUGCCUUGUUCCUUUAAUGUUAACCUCGCUCCCUGUGAACAAAGCAAAAAGGCCUUGUCUACAUGAGAGAGGUUAAAUGACGCUCACCAGAGGUCGUCCAAGACCAUUAGGAAUCCAUUUUAAUUUAAAUUCUUAACGGAUAUCACAAUAUUAAUGACAUGCCACUUUAUGAUUCAUAUCAAAAUUGAGAUUUUAACACUUUGGUUGUUAUAAUUUUUAUUUUCAUCAAUUAUUUAUUGAAAUAUGGUCUCAUUCAAACACGUGUAGAUUAUUUAAACCUGUGAAUUCGGGUUGAUAUGAAUGUAAAGACAGUAUUAUUGUUAUUUUGUUAUUAACGAGGAUCAAAUAUUGAGUUGCAGUGACAGAUAUGUAUAGUUUUAACCCAGAACUGCACAGUAACUAUAUAUGAGUGUAGAUCAGGGGUCAAAUGUUCAAUGUGAGAGGAUAGAUGAGACACACAGGAAUGUACACACACAUACACAGCAACACACACAGACAAUCAUUCAUACAUGUAUACCGCCACCCACAUACACACCACUUUUGGUGCUACGAAAACAUAACUACAGAUAGGCCUAUAUCUCCUGUAUUACCUAAACUGAAAAUCCCUUUGGAGAUUGCUCUCCAUCUCCUUGAUUGUAAGAUGCCAAGCGUUGUCCACUCAUCUAUAGUUUACGGGAUUUAGUUCUGCCUUUAUGUGCGCAAAGUAAGACUGGAUUUCAUGCUAUGAUUGUCAGUCUUAAUAUUUUACCACAGUAAAUCAGUUCUCCUUUAGCUGCCAUGGCAAACUGUUUCUUGUACCACCAUGGGCAGUUUAGAUCCGAAUAACAUAGUUACUGGUUUAAAACCAAUAAUUUGUAUCCUGUUGUCAUAAAUUGGCCCUGUACUUUGAGUUUGCCAGCCAAUAUUGCGCCUUGGGACAUACUCCUAUGUAGAAAUUUGAUUAAACCCCCAUGGGAAGGAGCAUCGUAUCCGAGAGGGAAGACAGCACUAUACACAGCUUGAGGUAUGUUACAUUACCUUUUCAAUUGAAGAAACAUCUAACCAGAAGAGUCCCCAAGGGAACGAAGCACCACGAAGCAGUUUUGUUAAGAAAAGCAGUUUGAACCUUAUCUGUGACCGAGAAGACGAUUGCUUUAGAUUUAUGGUGGCUGGUAGUCAAGAGAGACAUUAAUGGAGUCACCAUGAAACACAUUUGGACUGAAACCAUUUGGAGUUUUCUGUGAACCAUUCUUCCCAAUCAGAGUCAAUACAAAUAUGGAGUCGAACAGUUUAUGCAGUUGGUCAGUUCAACCUGUUAAAGCAGACAUUGACGUUAGCUUACAUUGGCAGUAGUGCACAAUGCGUUGCUGAAAAAUUUCGCUGACAUUCUGUAAGGAUAAUUGCAGGGGGGGGGGUAAUUGUCUUCUAGAACAUUCUCAAACACACAAAGAUUACCCUUGCUUGCUUAUGUGCUGCUAUACAUUGGUUUUCAUCCGAGUACACUGGGUCUCUUAUGACUGCACUGUGAGACACAACGAAGACACAACGCAAAGUGUGCCUGUCCCUUCUUGAGCCAAGUGUUCAUAUUUUGAUGUACAUAUCCAAUAAAUAGGCCUACAGCUGACACACAUGCAUUGCAUGUUCUAGAGCAAAACCAGCCGAGCAGUGAGAUAAGGAACAUCUCCACAAGAACAUCCAUAAUGUGAUGUCUUGGAGAUGUUUUGGUUUACCAAUAAUAUUGCACAGCAGAGAGCUGCUAUACAUUCAUAUUAAUGGAAGUCUCUUCUACUGAGGAGUCCAGAGUCAUCGGUCAACCAUAUUGUCUUUUAUUAACCCAAAUGACUCCUACUACAUUUAUUUUCCUGCACAGCAGUCCCUGAAUCUUAUUCUGACCCUCUUUUCCAUUUCACACGUUUAUCCUUUUGUAACCAGAGCUCUGUGAUUGGCUUUCAAUAAUACAGGACCGGAAGGGAUAGCGGCAGAGAAUCAAAGAAACAGCAACACUCUCUUUUUAUGAGUGAAAUGACAACGCCCCUCCUCUACCAUACCUACUCAAUAGUUAUUCUAAGGAAUGUUGCUUGAGAAAGAAGUUACCUUUACCCCACCUUACUAUCAACUCUGUGUUUGAGCGUUCCGCAUGGCAUGGCACUAGCCACGAGCCCCAUUACCUUGACUCACUGAAUACACGUUUCCCUUUCAUUGUAUUUCUGAAGGGAUGUGCUGUGACUUAUAACAGUACUCAAUGGUCCACUAGUUAUUUGAAAUGGCACUCCAGUUAAAAUAUCUGUAACUUCCACCCGUGGGGUUCAGAAACCUUCAUAUUUUAGCCCUAACCUCACAAAAUGUUUACGCUGAUUUAAAAUACAAGCACAAAUCAAGGUGAAUUUAAUAAUAUAAGCAAUGCAACUAGACUUGGUUUAGAGAGACUACUCUAGAGCUGUCUGAUCUAUACAUUGUCCUCUCUCUCUCUCUCUCUCUCUCUCUUUCCGUUCAUUACAUUACUUACUUCGACAUUUCUCCCACCCUUCAUAUAGUAUUUUUAGUAUAUUUUAGAACGCUCCUAUAUCCAGAUUCCCUUCUCUCUCUCCUCCUCCAUUCUGCUCCCCCCCCUCUCUCCGCCGCCACUCUGCUCCCCCUCUCUCUCCUCCCUCCUGUCUUGUCUACUCAUAGGCGCUGACGUCUGGGGUUGCAGGGAGUGCCGAAGUGAUUGAUAGCAGUUAUGCACCAUAGGUCAUAAGGGUAUGCAAAUAUUUUCACAGCCCAUAGAGUUCACCAGGCGAAAAUGCACAGAACACCUGCCUCCAAACUGUGACACACCACAAGACCAACAAGCAACAUUGGUUCAAACUACGGUAUCAAAUUCCCUACUAAAAGAAGAACAAGUAGGAUUUAGACAGGCUUACAUCGUGAUCUAUGACCUUUUAGGGGAAGGGGGGGGGUUAUGUGUUUUUUUCUACUGGAAAGCAAAAUAAGAAAGCAAAUCUUGGUUGAAUGAGCAAAUGUCUGUUGGUUGACCAAACAGAACUUCUAUUUCAGCCUUUUAACAAAAGCAGGAGUUUAUUUGAAAAAAGUAAAUGAUAGAGCGCAAGAGAAAGAUGGGAACUUGUUCGUGACCUCAUGCUGAAACAGUGACAUCCUUUAUGCAUAUCCUCUUAUCUGAAAAUUGACUAGAAAUUAAUUUCUGUGGAAUAUGUCAUGUCAACAUGAUGUAUAUGUAUGUUAUUGUAGCUAUUCUAGUUUGUAGUCCAAAUGCAGUCCAGCGUCGUCAAUACAAUGUGAAACUCUAUGUUAUCGUUGUGUGGAUGAUGAAGAGUGCCAACUAAGCCUGAUUAAGAUUAGCUUCGCUAUUUGUUUGUGCAUUACGAUGACUCAUCAUAUGGCGUCCAUAUUUCUGUCAUUUAGUUUGACUUUUAAGAAUAUUGGAAGCAAUAUAGUAGCAUGUUGUCCUGUUUUGUGUUUUUGUUAUGUUUGAUGUAUGAACCUUUGAAAUUACUAAGAUUUUGAAUUAAUAGGUUUACAUGUACUUUUUGUAAGUUAUGAAAAUGCUGCUAUUUGAUAAGUAAAAUAUACAAAACAUUUUAGUUGAAAAGAUGUCUGGUCUGUUGAUUAGAAACAUGCUCUAAAAGACAGGGGCAUAAAAUGAGGUGUAUAGAAUACUAUACAGUAUUGGUAAGAUAGUAACAUUAAUAAUAGACUCUAUAGUACAACCUGUGCCAAACUAGACCUCUGCAGCUUCUGAAAUUGUAGAUGUGCGAUCAAAUGUUAGAUAUGAAUAACUUGUUUAGAAGUGCUGAUCAAGUGCCAAUCAAACAAUGUUUUUAAGUUAAGAAAAGAUAAUCAAAUACAUUACUUAAGAAAACAAAGGAUGGAUAACUAUUUUGUGCAUUGUUUUACCCCAUAGCUACAUAGAGGAAGAGCUAAAGAUUGUGAUUUUUAUGGAUCCAUGUUGUUUUACACUCCAUGCAUCCCUUGUGUGUUCAUUUGACCUGUGGCUUAAGCACUGCUGUUUUUCACAAAUGUAUCUAUAGGCCAGCAUGGACUAAGCAUAACAUGUUAUAAGCAUUCAUAACAUAGCCCGCCAUUAAUGAUCAGACAAAAUGUGUUUCGUGGAGUUAGGUGUUAUCUUUUUGCAUGUCUUCUAUUGCAUGGUAUCAAAGUGAAAUAUGGAGGGGAAAAAAUGAAUGCAAAAAAAUUGAGUUGUUCAAAGACAUAACGUUGCAUGCAGUCAGUUAAAACCGCCUCAUAUUUAAAAAGUUGUUUCUUGUCGUAAGUUGGGAGGGAUUCCAUUAUUGUCAUGUUGGCCCAAAUUCAACAUAUUUUAGAUCAAAUUCUCAUACAGUCCAUCUCUUUAUAUUAAUACAGAUAUGAUUUUGUUUUCUUAAGGUACCAAGAGGAGUAUUACAAAUUUGAAACAAGCAAAUGCGAAAAUGUUAUUCAGUGUUAUUCUUGUGUUUUGCUUUCUAGAAUACCAUGCAUGCAUUUUUUAGGAUCAGGUUAAACCUCACAAAACCUGCGUAAUAUUUUUUUAGAUUUUUUAUAACACAGCUUGAAUUCCCAGAUCUAAUCUAUGAAUGUACUCCCAUUUGCUCAUUAUUUCUGUUGAAUGUUUAUCAGUCUUCAAAUGUGAAUUCAAGGCUGGAAUGUCAACUACAUGUAGUGUUAACAUAUUAUGUCAAGAACCAAUUUCAGCUUUAGUCAGGUAGGCCGGACAUGGCCAUAGUCAUAACACAGAUAUGUUUCAACAACACUUCAGACUCACUGUAAACAUUAUCCUGUUUGUUUGGUGUUGCAUAAAUGCACUUUACUUUUUACAAAUGACAUCUCCUAUUAUUGGAUGUGAAACAAAGCAAACCAUGUUAAUUUUCAGCCGUUUCUGUCAUUCUUUGCUGUUGCUCUGAUGUUAAUGUUUUAGUAAGAAAAAAAAAAGAGAAAAAAACAUUGACAAUAAUGAGAGGGGUUUGUGUAUCAGACUUCUCUGAAAAGGUGGCACCCAAGUCCUCACAAUAUUGAUUCUCCAUUCCCUUUAGCAAAGAUUUGUGUAAAUCGCAAUGAGCAAAUCUCUCUUUGAAGAUAGAAUCCUUUGUUGCUACAUACAUUUUUGACUUAUAAAUUAAUGAUAUAUACCCAUUGAUCCUUGAAGAAUAUAACUUAUACAUGCCUCAUAAACAAUUUAGAUAUAAACAAACACUUUAUUGCCUCAAAAGAUGGUUAAAACUAAAAUGUUAAUUUCAUGCAUGGUCAAUCGUUGCAUCCAUGGCUCUGUCUAUGAAUUUGAGAGUUGUUACAUUUCUCCAGGCCCAUCGCUCAGCUUUGUUAUUGUUUCAAUGAAGGAUUCUAGCUUUAAAAGAGGGAGAGGGAACUGUUCCACCUUGUCAUGUUGCAUUCUGCUGCCUUGAAGUCUAGAGGUUGGGAGUAUUUUUAUGAACAAAUUGGCAUUGAAAGCAUGGUCAACCUCAUACAACGUCUCUACGUGCUGUUAUCAGAGAGUCCACGUUAGUUACGUUACAGAAUGCAAUCCCAAGGUCUCGCUGAUAUAAUUUUAGAUCAGUGACAAAUACAGCACCGGAAAAAUGUGAUUACUUCGGUCAUACCGCUGUCAGUGUUGGUGGAUUUGACGACAACAACCUUUUAGAACCCUGUGUAACCUAAAAUGGCCUAACUACUUUACCACAUGCAUGCUUUGACUCUCUGUCUCAUUCUUCUGCCAUGCACUGCUACUAACCCCCACCACUGUUCUAACCCCUCCACUACUGAGUGCCAAACUAAGUCAACACCAUUCCAAACAUUAUUUAUUUUAUUUAAUUUUUAUCUGGACAUUCACCUAACCCCCAAGGAUCCUCCUCAGGUGGGAUUCCAUUGAACUAUCAGACACAGGACUAAGACGGUUAAGGCUGCUUGCCCCCUCUUCUCCUCAACUCUCUUCAUCAUCUUUUCAGCCUACAUGACAUUACGAUUAUGUGUGGUGUUGUGUCUGGCAUCUUAUAUAUGACCCUUCUUUGACCCUCCCAUGAAUUUAGCUGACCUUUGUGUGUUUGGAUUAUUUUGACCCCAGGUUUAUUGCCAGACUUUGCUGAGACUACAACUGUAUGAAUUUUCAUUUUGUUUUUACUUGUUUGUUUUCUUGUCAUCCGGAUAAUUCUGAAGGGUUGAAAGCUAACUAAAAUGUUGAUUGAAAAAAGCAUAACAAUGCCUUGCACACUUCUUCGGCUCCAUUGCAAAUAUUAUUUUGGGUUAGGUUUUUAAUUUUGUAAAACUCUUUUUGUUUUUCCAUUUCAAGAAAUGGACUGUCAGCAUAAGUUAAAUGUUAGUCAAAACUAAAAAGAGUUUUGUCAAUCUGAAUGAAUAGCGUCUCUAUAUUAAGACAGAGAAGAAACCAUUUGAAAGUUUAGGCCUCACUUGUCCUUUGACUUAAGCAUUUGCUUGGAUGCCUUUACACAGACACAGUCUCAAUCUGAAAGAUACAAGGGCAACACUGUCUUUCCUUGAGCCAUUUCAGUGAAGUACGGGUGGGAGCUUUUUAAUCGAGAUAUUUGCCAAUACGAGUGCCAAAUGCAGUCUCCAUUGAGCCAAAAGCCAGCCAGCCUACACACUGAAGCUGUGGUAGCACUGGGAUGGUUCACUUCCCAAUCCCAUUUCUCCCAGAAAACACUUCAUUGUUUGACAUUUGACAUGACAUGCCACUAUUUUUAUAUGCUGCCAGUCUAUUUACUGCUUUCCUCAGUGAAACAUCUCAGAAGCAGUUCCUUUUAUAACGAUACACUGUUGAUCAAUGACAGCAACUAUGAAAAGGGAAUGAAAGGAUUUUUUAAAAGUUUCAUUUUUGUGAACUUUUUUUAAUUAUUAUUAUCAAUUUAUGUGAACAUCAUUCAUUAAUAGAUUUAAGGGUAAUGACUAUAUAAUGUAACUGUAGUAUUGUGUUUGUAAAAAAAAUCAGUGAGUUGUGUUUUAUGACUCGUGGUCUACCAGUGAAGUCAGCAUUUCAGUGUUAAUAUAUUGAAUUGUUUUUUAAAGAUUAUUUUUGCGACGGCACAGCAACAAAGAGUCAUUAUAAAUGUUCAUUUUAGCAUCA